CGCGUAAAAUGCGCCACCUCUUAUCCUACGCCUCCGUCAUAAUUAAAAGUAAUUAUUUAAUCACUUAAGCCGGCUCAAAAUUUCCAUUUCUUGUUUUAGUUCAAAAAGAAAAAGAAUCAUAUCCAAAUAUUUUCUCAACGUCUCCAAUUCGCUGAAAGCACAUGGAAAACACCGACAGCCUACUCAAAAUAACAGUUAUAUGGAGGGGGAACAAGUAUAUUGUAGAAAUGAACCCUGAUGCAUCUGUCAAGAACUUAGGGGAUGAACUACAGAAGUUGACUAAUGUCAAGCCAGAUACGAUGCGACUAAUUGUGCCAAAAAUUUCUUACAAAGGCUCCCAACUACUUUCUCCUUUCUCAAAUGAACACUCACAGCUAAGUUUGCAAAAAGCUUCCAUUAUUGAGGGUAAGUCUAUUAGAAUGAUGGGAGUGUCUGAAGAUGAGGUUGAUAAAGUUCUACAAAAUGCUAAAGUUGACUUGAGAAUUGCUGGAUUUGAUGAAGAGGAAAAGAGAAUGAGGCAGCGAACAACAUAUAGAUUCCAAGCUUCGCCUAAACUACCGCAAGGACCUUAUAUCUUUUGUGAUUUUCGCACGCUUCAAAUUCCUGGGAUGGAGUUGAAACCCCCAGCUUCAGAGGCAUUAAAAAGGAUGCAUAUGCUUGCUGCAGAUCCUGGAAUUGUUGCAAUAAUGAACAAGCAUCGUUGGCGUGUUGGAAUUAUGACUGAGAUGGCCCCAGUUGGCUAUGUUGGUGUGAGUCCCAAGUGUAUUCUAGGAUUGAACAAGAAUCAUGGGGAGGAGAUAUCUUUGCGUCUUCGAACUGAUGACCUCAAGGGCUUCAGGAAAUAUGAAAGCAUCAAAAAAACACUUCUGCACGAACUUGCUCACAUGGUAUAUUCAGAACAUGAUGCCAAUUUCUAUGCUCUAGAUAAACAGCUGAAUCAAGAAGCUGUUAGUUUCAAUUGGACUAAGUCAGGGGGACAUACCUUGAGUGGAAUUAGGCAUCUGGAUGAUUAUGAAGAAUCAAAUUCUUCAGACAACAGAAGUUUCUCCCUCAAACUUGGGGGAAAUGCUUCAGAUCAGCUGGCAAGUGCCCGUGCAUCUUCAGUGACUGCUGCUUAUCAACGUUUAGCUUAUAACAAUUCAGGAGUACAUGAUGAACCUGAUCCAGAUGACUUGGUAGCAGAGCAGAGGAACUUGGGAGAUGGAAACAUCCAUAAGGUUUAUAAUGAACCCGAUCCUGAUGAAUCACAAGUGGACAUAGUUGUGCAGGCAGAGCCUGAUCCUGAUGAUGAUUUAAACUCACAGGCAGUAUCUGGUGUUAGAACUGAUCAAGGCAUGAUCAUUGAUGAAUCUGAUUUAAACUCACAGUCAAUAUCUGGUGUUAGAAUUGAUGGAGGCAUGAUCUUUGAUGAACCUGACCCAGAUGAGUCAGAAGCAAAACAGAGCAGCUCAGGAGAUGGAAACAUCCAUGAACAAGAUCAGAAUAAGGCUUAUAGAGAACCCGAUCCUGAUGAAUCUCAAGUGAAUAGACUUGUGCAGGAAGAGCCUGAUCCUGUUGACGCACUGGUGUCCUCACAGGCAUCCAGUAUGGCAAUUGAUGAACCAGAUCCUGAUGACCAAGAGUUGCAGAGAAUCCAAGAUCCUGUUACUGUUGUUUGUGGUCGGCUGCAGAAGGCUGUUGAGACAUUGAGAGCUGAAGUUAAUCCCACAGAAGCAAUUGCUGCCUUUCAAACUCUUUUCAAAAUAAUUAGGAAUGUGAUUGAACACCCAAAUGAAAUGAAAUUCAAGAGACUCCGAAAGGCUAAUCCUAUAAUCCAGAAGAAUGUUGCCAAUCACAGAGCUGCAAUGGAAAUUCUUCUUGUGGCUGGAUUCAGUGAAGAUGUUGUUUUCGAUGCAACUGGGAAACCGGAAACUUAUUUAGUAUUGAAGCGGAAUGAUCCAGGCCUGUUGUGGCUUGUUAAAUCAUCCCUUGAAACAUAUGUAGCCUGCUAGUUAUGGGAGUUUCAGCAUAUUGAAAAUGAGUUGAAGAUAAAAAAAAAAAAGGAAAAGGAAUUCCAGACCUGUAAAAAGAAAAAAAAAAUUCACAACUGUAAAGUUUGUUGUGUGCCAUAUAUAUAGGUCACCAAUUGCUUGUAAAAUAUCAAAUAUGAUUGUGGCCUUGAUGCAGCAUUGCAUUAAAACAACAGUUGUAAUUAAAGGUGAUAUGUUGGAAAA